AAAGACUCGCUAGUCACUGAUGCUUCGUUAAGUGUUUCCCUUUAUAAAAAUCAAGUUUUUCGUCCUCGCUACGAUUUCAAUUCCUGUAUAUGAAAACCUAAUUAGUAUUAGUUUCACAUCCUCCCCAUGGUACAGCUCUAGUAUUAGUGGAGAGUUCGCGACUGUCGGCUGGGCGAACUUUCUCUCUAUCGUUGCCUAAUCAACGAUAUUUGUGCUAUCAAAAUGUCGUUGGAGAUCAAAGAUAAUUAUACAAAAGAUGGUACAACAGACAUCCAUGGUAAUCCUGCUGACAGGAAGAAAACUGGCAACUGGAGAGCUUGCCCAUAUAUUCUUGCAAAUGAAUGCUGUGAGAGAUUGGCAUAUUAUGGGAUGAGUACCAAUCUGGUAAACUACAUGAAAUUUCGUCUCAAUGAAGGCAAUGCUGUGGCAUCAAAGAAUGUCAAUAACUGGUCAGGAACAUGCUACAUCAUGCCACUCCUCGGAGCUUUUGUCGCCGAUGCCUAUUGGGGUAGAUAUCGGACAAUUGCUGUGUUCAUGAUCAUUUACAUCAUUGGUUUACUUCUUCUAACUAUGACAGCAUCUGUGAAAGGGCUGAAGCCAUUUUGUCAUGGUGGUAUAUGUGACCCAACAACAGGACAAAUUGCAGCAGUUUUUGUUGCUUUGUAUCUGAUUGCUCUUGGAACCGGAGGAAUUAAGCCUUGUGUCUCUUCCUUUGGGGCAGAUCAGUUUGAUGAAUCUGAUGAGACUGAGAAGAAAAGCAAGACGUCGUUCUUCAAUUGGUUUUACUUCUCAAUAAACAUUGGGGCUCUUGUUGCUUCCUCUGCAUUGGUGUACAUACAGACACAUGUGGGCUGGGGUUGGGGGUUUGGGAUUCCGGCGGUCGCGAUGGCUAUUGCGGUUGCUAGCUUCUUUUUUGGUUCACCAUUGUAUAGACACCAGAAACCUGGAGGCAGCCCCCUUACAAGAAUUGCCCAGGUUCUUGUUGCAUCAAUUAGGAAAUCAGGUGUGAAGGUUCCAUCAGACAAAUCUUUAUUGUAUGAGGUUUCUGACAAUGAGUCUGCUAUAGAAGGUAGCCGCAAGCUUGAGCACACAGAACUACUAAAGUUCUUUGAUAAAGCAGCUGUGGAGACGCAGGAGGACAAAGUCAAAGUCCCUGUAAAUCAAUGGAAGCUCUGCACAGUCACUCAAGUCGAGGAGCUCAAGAGCGUCGUUCGUCUUCUCCCCAUAUGGGCCACUGGCAUCGUCUUCUCCACCGUAUACAGUCAAAUGGGCACCAUGUUCGUCCUCCAGGGAAACACAAUGGAUCCUCACAUCGGCCCCAACUUCGAGAUCCCCUCUGCUUCUCUCUCCAUCUUCGACACCAUCAGUGUCAUUGUCUGGGUUCCAAUCUACGACCGCAUCAUUGUUCCCUUAGUUCGCAAAAUUACUGGUAACCAGCGUGGCUUCACGCAGCUAACUCGUAUGGGCAUUGGACUCUUCGUCUCCAUCUUCUCCAUGGUGGCCGCUGGGCUUCUCGAGGUGGUAAGGCUCCAAAUCAUCGCGAGGCAUAACUUGUAUGACUACACAGGCUUCUUGCCCAUGUCCAUCUUCUGGCAGAUUCCUCAGUACUUCAUUAUCGGCGCUGCUGAAGUCUUCACCUUCAUUGGGCAACUUGAAUUCUUUUAUGAUCAGGCUCCUGAUGCCAUGAGGAGCAUGUGCUCUGCACUGUCACUGACGACCGUUGCACUGGGGAAUUACCUUAGUUCGCUUCUGGUUACCAUUGUCACCUCCAUCUCUACUAAAAAUGGAAGGCUUGGUUGGAUUCCGGAUAACCUGAACAGAGGCCAUCUCGAUUACUUCUACUGGCUGUUGGCCAUACUAAGCGUUUUGAAUUUUCUGGUUUACCUUUUGAUUGCAAAGUUUUAUACUUACAAGAAGCCAGUACAGGUUGAAGCUUGAUGUUCUUGCAUUCGAGAAAGAUAUAGAAGAAGAUAGGCGCAUUUGUUUGCUCAAUAGGGUGAGAGAUUUUGUGCGACAUAAAAGGAAUUAUUUAUGUGUUAUGAUAUUUUAUGUUUUAAAUGGUUGUAAAUUUGUCUUUGCAUAUUUUGGUUUUAGAUUCCUGAGAUCUAUGAAGCUUUUGUUUGCUUU